CAGAACUUCAAACAAAGGAACAAAUGCUGAAAAUGCAAUCACUGAGCCGUCGACUAUCCCUGUUUCAAACCCUAAUUUCAGUCAAUUCCCGCGUAAAAAACACUCAGAAAUUCUACUGCACCAAUCAAAUAGUAAUUAACAGUAGUAGGGGUGGCAACCAGAGCAACAGGGAGGGGGAGGAGAUCAGGAAGAAGGAGAAGAAAGAGACGCUCUACUCCAGAAUCAGCCCGUUGGGAAAUCCUAAAACCAAAAUUGGACCAGUUCUGGACCAAUGGGUCGAAAGCGGCCAGAAAGUUCGAUUCGCGGAGCUUCUUCGCAUCAUUCACGACCUCCGCAAACGCAGUCGAUUCUCUCACGCCCUCCAGGUCUGUGAAUGGAUGAAAAAGAGUGGCAUGUUCACGUAUUCACCGACCGAGCAUGCUGUGCAGCUUGAUCUGAUUGGUAGAGUACAUGGAUAUCUUUCUGCAGAAAAUUAUUUUACUGACUUGAGUGAAGAAGAUAAAACAGAAAAGACAUAUGGUGCUCUCCUGCAUUCCUAUGCACGCCAGCGCCAAUCUGAUAAGUCAUUGUCUCUUCUGCAGAUGAUGAAAGAGAAAGGUCUUAGCUUAUCAUCUGUUGCAUACAAUGAUAUCAUGCUCCUUUAUACCAAGGUUGCUCAACAUGAAAAAGUCCCUGAUGUGCUAAUUCAGAUGCAAGACAAUGGGGUUUCUCCUGAUAAUUUGAGUUAUAGACUCUGCAUUAACUCUUUCGGUGUGAGGUCGGACAUGGAUGGCAUUAAGAAUGUUUUGCGCGAAAUGGAAUACCAACCCAACAUCAGCAUGGACUGGAACACAUAUGCAGUUGUUGCAAAUUUCUAUAUCAAGGAAGGCCUAAAAGAUGAGGCAAAUAUUUAUCUUCAAAGAGCUGAGAAGAUACUGGACAAUAAUGACGCUGAAGGUUAUAACCAUCUUAUCUCACUGCAUGCUAAUCUGGGAAACAAGGCUCAGGUCUUUAGAUUAUGGGCGCUAGAGAAAAACACCUUUAAAAAGCGUAUCAACAAGGAUUACCUAAAUAUGCUGAAGAGUCUGGUGAGGAUUGAUGAGUUUGAAUCAGCACUGGAAUGCCUAAAGGAGUGGGAGUCAUCUGGCAACUGCUAUGAUUUUCGAGUGCCAAACACAAUAAUUUUGGGAUACAUAGAGAAGGGGCUUUGUGAGAAGGCUGAGGCUAUGCUUAAAGGUUUGAUGGGUGAAGGGAAAGCACAUAUGCCAGAGAGUUGGGGAAGAUUAUCAGCGGGCUACCUGCACAAGGAUGAGAUGGAGAAGGCUGUGGAAUGCAUGAAAGUUGCUUUGUCUUUUUGUGGAGAGAGGAAAGGAUGGAAGCCUGAUCCAAGUGUCCUUACAAAACUAAACAACUUUUUAGGAGAUAAGGGAAGCAUGGAAGAUACUGAAGCAUUAAUAAGAGCAUGAUCAAUGUCGUACGUGAAAGUUGAAUACUUGUUAUGCUUGAAUCUGAUAAUAUGCGUUCAAGUGGUGGUGAAGAGGUGCACUGGCAGCUGAUUCUUUUGAAAAGAAUGGAAGCCGAUUCAGAAAAAGAUAAUGGUGUACUAGGAGGUUAUCAACCCAGAUGAAGAGGUUAAAGGUUAUGCAGGUUGGGUUGGAUUAAUGUUGCUAGCAAGUUUUACCACAUCUUACUACUAUCGUGUCAGUUAAGGGAAAGCAAACCUUAUUUGGAGACUAGUUGAAUUUUGCUUGGCUCUUGUUAGGAUUCAUUGCGCAAGGUAGUUUCAAUAAACGAUUCCAUUGAUGACUGGCUUUGUGAAGUUCAUCGCUAAGCACUAUGAUCAAGGCAUGCCCUCAACCGGGGAGGGGUCUGCUUAGAGUGUAACAUAUAUUGAUGGUGGUACUCGUGGUUUAUUUAUAGAAUUUUCUGCAAUGAACAUGGCUCCGGAGCACAUCUUCUGAUGUUGGCUAAGGAUCAAACUAGAUAUUCUUGUAUCUUCGUUACGUUCAUGGGAAAGCAAAAUGGCAAGCUUAUUGCACCA